UUAUUUUCCCAGGAUAGUGAGUUCGUAGAGUACUUGGCCAAGCUGAGGGAUUCAGCAAAAAUGAAAGAGAUCCUGGAAAUUGAUGGCCCACUGUCAGCUUCGAGAGUGGUCAAACAGUAUGACGAGAUUUUAGCUGAAACAGCUACAAGUAUCAACACUGAUACCAGAAAUGACCGGCCAACGCAAUUCCGCCCUUUGCCGGUCAUUAAUUCCUUGAGGGAAGUGUCCUCACAGAUGAUGGCAUUUCAGGCUUCUCCGGACACUCCUGAUGGAACAGCGUGCAGUUCAGCACUGAAUGCUGCCCGCCAAAUUUGUUAUUGGUCAUCCCUUUUCAUGACAAUUAUGGAUGAACGCAAUGUGGUGCAUCCCGUAACUACAAUGCCUUCAUCAACAUUGGAACCAUCGACGUCUUCUACAUUGUCCUCCUCAUCUUCUUCUGCAUCAGUGUUACCUUCUAUGUUUACAACAACAUCAUCCAGUCAACCCCGACCUGCCUCAUCAUCAAAUGUUCCAACGUCAUCUGUACUACAAGAUCACCUUCCUUAUUCCUCAUAUCAUCAGCAGGCUCCAAGCUCAGUUAUAGAUCAUCAACCUCCCGUCUCCGUUUCUCUGCAGUUUCAGCAGAAUUCCCUUCCAUGUUCUACAGUUUCCUCCAACGCUUCCUGUACAGUGUCUCCAUCUUUCUAUUCAUCAUCACCACUCUUGUCCUCUACAUUAUCUGGACAACCCCCAACAAUGUAUUCAUUCUCUGGUCAACCUGCUCUUUCCUCUUCUUCCUGUGUGCAAUCUCAGUUUUCUCGGCAUCCUCAACCUCUCUCAGUCAUCUCUGCACCCAUACAAGUUACACCAUCAUUUUUCCAACAAGUUUCAUCGUUUGCAAGUGAGCGUCAGCCUCCUUCCUCGUUUGCCUGCACACCAGCUGUCCACAGUUCUUUACCCACUGCCUGUCCGCCAGUCUAUCAAGAUUCUCCUGUUCCAGUCUCUCGUCAGUUACCUCUUUGCCAACCAUCUUCGUCAAGUACUUCUCUGUCACUGUCUUCUACAGCCGUUAACCAGCCUCCACCCGGACAAAGUACAAUGCCACCACCCAGCUCUCUUAUGAUAGUGGAUCCUGCGACUCUUGGCAUGCAUGCCAAGUAUGGUUUUCCUGGACAAUCCUGUACUGAUUGGCUAAAUACCUUAAAAAUUCCCAGAAAUGUUGAAAGUCUUGAUCAAGUCAAGGAGAUUUGGGAGGUUGGAGGUCCAAAUUGCCCACCAUUGAAAGAUUGGACCGUACUUAUGAGGAAUUACAAGUCAGGCAAAGGACAAAAUACUUCCGUGUACAGUCAACGUAAAUUUAUUUACACACUUUUUCAACGGCAUGGGUUUGACGUUAACAGCAUUCGUGCGCAGUAUAAUGAACUUAAACCUGGUAAACUUUACAAACUUUUAAACACGAAACAAAAGUGA